AAUUAAAUCCUGGAUCCGCUAGUGUUGAGACUGAAGUAUUUUCUUUACUUUACUCUUUUGGAAUACUACUGCAGAUACUGAAAAUGAGUUGGACAAUAAUGCAAAUCACCUGUUUUUUUUUCUUUUCUUAUAUGAUUAAAACUGUUUAAAAGCAUGAUAAAAUUUAAAUAACUGUAUAUAAAUAGCUGUUUUCCUUUCAGUUUUUAAUUAAAGCAAUACCAUUGAGUCUUGAAAAUUCUUUGAAGUAAUUUUUCAGUUUAAUUUAUUCGUUUUGAAGUUGCACAAGGACUUGAUUUACAAUCCGUUUUGUUAUCUGACAUAAAACAUUCGUCGUUACGUCGUACCAUUGGUCUGAAAUCUAGUUCCCACUUCGGGUUAAAUAUCAAACGAGGCGUUUGAACUGCUUGGCGUUCUUGUAUCUGAACAAAUCAUUAGCUGUUCCGUUUAAUAUCUGUUAUCUUUAUCGGGAUGCAUCGUUCAUGACACCUUGUGCUCUCCCUUGCCAAUUGCUCAACUGACGGCCAAGGUUAAUUGGUAAAUUGGCAUGGACCUUUAGUUUAGUACACGAGAUGUCCGCACUCUGCAGGUUGAGGUGGCUUAGGAAGACCUUAUCGGGCUUGGCUUUCACUUUUGAAGAAAGGCAACAACUUGGCAUCCAUGGACUCUUACCUCCCGUCGUCAAGUCUCAAGAAGAGCAGCUCAAGGGAGUCAGGGCUAUCUUCGACCAGAUUCAAGACCCUCUCGAGAAGUACAUUUACGUCAUGGAUCUGAGUUCAAGGCAUCAACAGCUGUUCUACAGGUUCCUCAACGAAAACCUUGAAGAUGUGAUGCCCAUUGUAUAUACCCCGACUGUCGGUCUCGCUUGUCAAAAUUACGGCAAGGUACUCCAUCAUCCUAGGGGACUUUUCAUCACAAUUCACGACAAAGGGCACGUUUAUGAUGUCAUCAAAAACUGGCCAUCGAAUGAUGUGAAAGCUAUCGUGGUCACAGACGGAGAAAGGAUCCUGGGUCUGGGAGAUCUUGGUGCGUACGGUAUGGGUAUCCCAGUCGGCAAGCUGGCCUUGUACACCGCUCUUGCCGGAAUCAGCCCGAGUCAGCUCCUUCCCGUUACCCUCGAUGUCGGGACCAAUACUCAGAAACUUAUCGAUGACCCAUUCUACAUUGGACUUAGGCAACCCAGGGUGAGGGGAGAGGUAUACGAUGAAUUCGUCGAAGAGUUCAUGCAAGCUGCAGUGAAAAGAUACGGACAAAAUGUCCUCAUUCAGUUUGAAGAUUUUGGCAAUGCCAAUGCUUUCCGUCUUCUGGAAAAGUACAGGGAUUCCUAUUGUACGUUCAAUGACGACAUUCAAGGAACAGCUUCCGUCGCAGUCGCUGGUCUCCUUGCCUCUUUGAGAGCAACCAAAACUCGCCUCUCAGAUCAUACUGUUCUUUUCCAAGGAGCAGGAGAGGCUUCUUUGGGAAUCGCCGAACUUUGUGUGAAAGCGAUGAUUGCUGAAGGAACAUCAGAGAGUGAUGCCCGGGGAAAAAUAUUCCUUGUUGACUCAAAGGGGCUCAUCGUUAAAGACAGACCAGAUGGUGGAAUAUCAGGUCAUAAAAUAAGAUUUGCCAAGAAUAUGGCUCCCAUCAGGAAUCUUAGCGAUGUCGUCAAGUGUGUGAAACCUUCAGUUCUCAUUGGUGCUGCUGCUAUCGGCGGUGCUUUUACAACCGAGAUCCUCACGGACAUGGGAAAAUUCAACAAGAUGCCUGUCAUUUUUGCUCUGAGCAACCCUACCAGUAAAGCUGAAUGUACUGCGGAAGCUGCCUAUUCUGCUACAGAGGGCAGGUGUUUGUUUGCAUCUGGAUCUCCAUUCCCACCAUUCCAGAUGAAUGGAAGGAAGUUGAUCCCUGGGCAGGGAAACAACUCCUACAUCUUCCCCGGUGUAGCUCUAGCCGUUGUUUGUUUCGGAAUCAAAGUCAUCCCAGAAGAAAUGUUCCUCAUAUCCGCACAGGCUUUGGCUGCCCUUGUGACCGACGAAGAUUUAGAAAACGGAAGCCUGUACCCACCACUCGGCACCAUCCAGAACUGUUCUAACAAAAUAGCUGUUAAGGUUGCUGAAUAUGCUUAUGAAAAAGGUUUGGCCACUCUCUUCCCUGAACCUGCAGACAAAGAGGAGUACAUCAAGAGCCAGUUGUACGACUUCCACUACGGCCCUGCCUUGCCCCAGGCUUACGAUUGGCCCGUCACCAAACUAUAAAUCUGUACCUAAAAAGUAUUAUAAUACCCUUGUUUGAAUUGAAAAUAGCUGAAGUAUAUUAUUACAAAUUUCGUCUUGGCAAUAAAAUCCUUUGUAAAUAUACUACGGAGUGGACCAAUAAUGCACACCACCAGUGAAAGUUGCUACAUGUGGAGGGAUUUGCUUGUUUGCUUAAAUGUUAUUUUUUAAAUUAUUUAUCAUUGUAUGUUAAAAAAUAUAAAAUUAUUUAUUUUUUUGUCUUAUAUAUAUGAUUAC